GUUUCCAGCGGAGGGAAAUCGCCGCCGGACCCAAAGGAGGAAGUGACCGAGCGGCGGUUGCUUAGAUUUCAGCGGGGACAUGGAGAGGCAGCGAGUCCCGCAAUACACCGGAGUGACUCGGGAGCGUUUUUUGCAGGACAUCUAUCCCCUGAGAAAGCCUGCAGUACUGAAAGGAAUAGAUCUGGGCCCUUGUGUGACCAAAUGGACAGUAGAUUACCUUUGUCAAUCAUCAGGAAAAAAAGAAGUAAAGGUUCAUGUUUCUGCUGUGCCACAGAUGAACUUCCUUAGUAAGAACUUUGUGUAUAGAACACUGCCUUUUGAUGUAUUUGUAAAGAGAGCAGCUGAAAUCAAGCAUUCGGAUUAUUUUCUUUCUGAGGAUGAAAAGUAUUAUUUACGAUCACUAGGAGAUGAUCCCCGAAAGGAUAUUGCAGAUCUGAGAAAGCAGUUUCCUUUAUUGGCAGAUGACAUUCACAUUCCAGAAUACUUUGAUAAGGAACAGUUUUUCUCUACUGUCUUCCGAAUAAGUUCAGAAGGUCUACAACUUUGGACACACUAUGAUAUAAUGGAUAACUUCUUAAUUCAGGUGACGGGAAAGAAACAAGUUGUACUGUUCAGCCCCCGUGAUGCACCAUAUUUAUAUUUAUCAGGCACAAAGUCUGAGGUACUAGAUGUGGAUAAACCAAACAUGAAGAAAUAUCCUCUCUUUAUCAAAGCUAGACGUUAUGAAUGUCAGCUGGAUGCUGGAGAUGUCUUAUUCAUUCCUGCCUUGUGGUUCCAUAAUGUGACUUCUGAGGAAUUUGGAGUUGGAGUCAAUGUUUUCUGGAAGCAGCUUCCUUCUGAAUACUAUGAUAAAACAGAUACGUAUGGAAACAAAGAUCUCACUGCAGCCUCAAGAGCAAUGCAGAUUUUGGAUAGAGCACUAAAAAACCUGGAAGAACUUCCUGAGGAAUACAGAGACUUCUAUGGUAGGAGAAUGGCAUUACGCAUCCAAGAAAAAACUUACAGCAGUAAUUAUGAAUAAAAAACAUUUUUGAAUACUUAACAGUUGUUCUGAGAAAUAUAUAUGUUAAACUCUUUCUUGUGAACCAAUUAAUAGGAUGGCCACUGGUUUACGUACCAUUUAAGCCAGACACAUACUGCUAAAAUGUCGUAUUAUUUAUGAACAUAAUAUACGGGUAUGCUAAGGAGAUAAACAGUAAGACUAUGCAUCAAUCUGGAUUUGAAGAGAUAAUGUGCAUAUCUAAUGAUGUUGGCACAUCCUUAAAUGUGUUUUCCAAGCUCAGAAAAGGCACAAUUUUUAAGGAUUUGCAGACAUUUCUAAUGAGUUUGGAGUUAAUAAACUGUGAAGGUAGUACAACAAUCUCUUCAGUGUUUUUUUUUUUAUUUACUCUAGUUAUGCCUUGAGCAGGUAUAAAAAUCUUGUAAGAAAUUUUUCUUGCAGAAAUUGCAACGUAUGGUUUUCGCUACUUUGCAACAUUGCUUUUCAGUAGAAUAAGUACUUUAGUUUGCAAAGAGUUGUUCUUUCAUCUGACACUCCUGUAUCAUAAAUAUGUAACUAUCCAAUAAAAAAAA